AUGGAUCAAUUACAGAAUAUUGCAUUGAAUGCAACUACAUCAUUCAACAAUAGAGAAUAUGAAAAAUCCUAUCAAUUCUUUAAUGAGUUGAAGAGUAUUACUACUUCAAACAAUAAAGAAGUCUUGAUGAACCUUUCAAUAACUGAGUACUAUAUGAAUAAUUGUAGUAAUCCCAAUAAAUUAAUUGAUGAACUCACAAGAAUCAAUCAGUUACCAACAAGUACAACACCUUCAACUGGUAACAGUACAACAACCAAUAAUAAUAAUAAUAAUAAUAAUAAUAGUACACCAACAGAACAAUCUACAUCACCUGCACCGACCUCACCAAAAGAAGGUGACUCUGACAGAUCGACACCACCAACAGCAUCAACACCCAACGACAAUAACCUGGUUGAUUUAGAUAAGGAUCAAGCGUUGAUAAUCUACAACCAAGCGGUACUAUACAAUGCAACAAAACAAUAUGGUUUGGCACACUCCAAUCUAGAGACACUCUAUCAAAACAUAUUGUUUCUCGACGACUACGUUGCCAUUAGAAUAUGUUUCCUCAUGGUGAAUGUAAAUAUCACACUUCAGCUCUAUGAUAAGGCAUACUCAGUACUGUCGUAUCUCGAGCAAAACUUCUCACAUCUCUACUACAACAAAGAUACCGACGAGCAACACCUACCAACCACACCGACACACAAAGACUCUACCACCACUACAACCACCUCUGAACCAAACAGUAUCAACAGCAGCACCAACAGUAACAGUAGCAACGAUUCAGACGAUCUAAACUCUCAAUCCUCUUGGAGCAACACCUUAAUGUCGCCAAUAGAAUUUAGAUUUAUGAUUCACUUUUAUAAAUCUAAACUAUAUCUUUUGUCCAACGAUCAUUUCCAUCUUGCCAAAGAUGAAAUCAAUCAUGCAAUAACUAGAGCUACGAAGAUAAAUUAUAAAUUAUUACCAUCUUGCUAUCUUUUAAAAUCAAACUACUAUCAUAUUAGCUCAAAUACAGCUAAAACAGUACAAUUUCUACAACAAGCAAGAGAUUCAGUAACAAACAAUUCAACAUCAUCCAACAAUAAUAAUAAUAGUAGUACCACUCCAAAUAACAACAUAAAUUUAUCAUCAUCAUCAACAACCACAACAAACUCAUCAACACCAUCAACUACAGAAGAUAAUGGUAUAAUGAUAAAUCCACUCUCUUUUGGAAUCGAUCUGCAAGUCGAAGAGAUAACACCACAGAUAUUCUAUAAUGACUUGGGAUGUUUACAUUUUAAUUUACAUAGAUACACUCCAUCGAUAUUUUACUUUACAAAGUCACUACAGGAGGAAUCGACAACCAACAGCAAUCCAAAUAAUGUUAAUUUAGAUCGUCGUACAGAGAUCUUUUAUAACACUGGUAUUCUGUUGUUGCUGACCGGUCGUCCAGAACUAGCAUUCUCUUGUUUACAAGAGGCUUGUCUUGUACUUUAUAAUAAUCCGUUGGUAUGGCUACGUCUCGCCGAGUGCUGUAUACUUGUUCACACUCAGAAAUCCAAUGAAGAGUCAUCACCCCAGGGCAUUUCGUUGAUCGGCGACAACAACAAUACUAGUGGUCGUCGUGUUCUCCUACCAACAACAAGUGGGUUGCACCAAGGUUUACAGAUAGAAGACAGCGAUGUACAAUCAACUCUAGGCGAGGAAUCAAACGAAUCAGCCAGAAUCGGUACACUCUCACUCGAGUUUGCCGCCAAAUGUCUAAGAAAUGCACACUACCUCCACAGCAAAUCAAUGAAAAAUCUAAAGCAAAUCAAGCAAAAUAGCAACUCAAAAUCAACUACCAACUCACCCCCAUCGAGCACACCUCUGACCUCUGCCAACAGCAACAACAACAACAACAACAAUAGCAGUUUGUCAACGAAUCCAAACAUAUCGGAUCUCUACCAUUCCAAUUCAGGUGAGCUAAUGAUGAACGUUUUAACUUCGAUGGCCUAUGUUGCGUUGUGUACCUCCAAUCCAGUUGUUGCAUUGACGUCGACCAAGGAACUUCUGCAUUUGUGUGAGGAAAACCCCAACCAGAGUAUCGUCGAGAAGUUUAAAUACUACGGUCACAUGUAUGCUGCUGAAGCCUGUAUCAUGAUGAACUGUCCAAGCCAAGCCAUUGUAUAUCUCUCACCAAACUUUGUAGACUCUAUCAAAGACACUUCCUUUCAAUCUAAACUUUACAGCAAUCCCAUUAUAAACUCUAUCAAUUCAAAUGAUUAUAGAAUUGUUUUUUAUAUAAACUUGGCGAUUGCAUAUCUUUUGAAAGAUGACUUUGAAAAUGCAAAUAACUGUAUAGCAACAUUAAUGCACGAACAACAAAUCAACAAUAAUAAUCACCUCACAAACAUUACCAAAAUCUCACUUCUCAAAGUAUAUAUAGAAAUUAGAAAAGGUAAUAUUGAAAAUGCUCUUGCUAUACUCUCUAGAGAAAGGCCAUUACCGAUAAUACAAGAAUAA